AUGCUUGUCAAUUGCGCCUGUGCGAUGAUGUGGGUGACUGGUUCCAGUGCACCAAAUACGAUGGCGGCAUGGAUGCAUGUUGACUUAACCCAACUCAACUGGCUUUCCAAUGUUGCUGCCAUAUCGAAUGCAAUAUUUUCUCUCGUGGCUGCCUAUGCAUAUGAGCGGUUUGGCGUUAAAGUGUGUAUUGUCGUAACGGGGUGUAUCAAUUUUAUCGGUUGCUGGAUACGAUGCUUUGCCAUUAUAGUUGCCCCUGAAAAACGAUAUAUUCUGGUCAUGCUUGGUCAGGUUGUUAGCAGUAUUGGCGGACCAUUUGUUUACAAUUUGUUUCUGUAUGGUUUGCUCCAAAACAUCUUAAUUAUUAUUGCGGUCAUUGCUACCGUAAGCACAAUUCCUGUGAUGCUCACACCAAGCAAACCGAAAAAUGCACCAUCUGUGAGCGCAGACAUAGAUAGAAUGGGUGUGUGGGAAGGAUUCAAGACCUUGGCCAAGGACUUUCAGUUUUGGACCAUUUGCAUUUCAACUGCAGUAAAUGUUGGAAUGUUUUUUACCAUUUGCGUUGUUGUUAUUGAAGCGGCGACGCCGUUCGGGUAUACCGAGCAACAAAGUGGAAUUGCAGCAUCUAUGCUGAUGCUGAGCGGCUUCAUUGGCGGCGUUGUCGAAAAUGGAUAUGGAAUACUACUGUGUAUCUGCUUUAUGAUCGGAUUUUUCUCUAUGGGCCUGUUCCCCGUCCAGCUCGAAUAUGCUUGUGAAAUUUCUUUCCCGGUUCCUGAGUCCGUAUCCUCUAAUAUAAUAUGGUCCUUAAGUACAGCAUUUAUGUUGGUGUUUACUAUAGUCACAGACGCUUUACGUGCCGGACCAACUGCAUCACCACCAAAUAACAUGACAAUGUCUAUGAUUGCUACAGCAAUUCUUGUUUCUGUCGGAUCCAUUCCUUGCAUUUGGCUGAAAGGUGAUAUGAAGCGGAUGGCGUUCGAUAAGCAAACUUUUUAGCAAUACUAGUAGCAACAACAUCAUCUUGUGAUCGUAAUUCCUGUACUUUUAUAGCAAC